CUAAGUACAAUGGCAGAUCAUGAACAGUCUGGUGAUGGUAUACUAUCUACUGGGGUCCCUGAAGUAGGAUUUACUGUUUUAUUUUCAACUUCUGCUAAUAAAUCAGAAGAGCAAAAUGCCACAACACCAAUCAAAACUGAAGAUGUUGUAAUGAAAAGUACUCAAACUCCAGAAAUGAAUGAGAAUGAACCCAUUUUACAUCCUGCUGUGAUAAUUGGAGUUUCUAUAGUGCUGAUCCUAGUGCUCUUGAUUAUCCUGGUCAUCUUUAUUGUAAGGUGUCGCAAACAGAAACAAAGCCAAGAAGAUGAACUAGGAAGUGAAAAUGUUAAAAGGUCAAUUUCACCAUCUCAGCAAGUUCUAUCAUCUUCACCAACUAUUUCUCCACUUCCUAUUUUUGAGGAAGAUACGCCUUCUGUAAUGGAAAUUGAGAUGGAAGAACUGGAUAAAUGGAUGAACAGUUUGAAAAAAAAUG